AUGCCAGGGAUGCGCGGCUCUGCUCCGGUGCUUGCACUGGCGUUGCUCGUCGGAGUCUUCAUCGCCCAGGCCCCUGCAGGUGUGCAGUCCAUUGGCGUGUGCUACGGCAUCAUCGGGAACAACCUCCCGCCGCCGAGCGACGUGGUGCAGUUCUACAGAUUCUUGGGGAUCACCAACAUGCGCGUCUACUCCGUCCAGCUCCAGGCGCUCGACGCGCUCCGCGGCUCCGGCAUCAGCCUCAGCCUCGGCACCACCAACAACGACGUGGCCGUCCUCGCCAGCAGCCUCUCCGCCGCCGCCGCCUGGGUGCAGGCCAACGUCAAGCCCUACUACCGCGCCGCGGUGGACGUGCGCUACAUCUCCGUCGGCAACGAGCUUGCCAGCGACACCGCGCAGAGCAUCCUGGCGGCCAUGCGGAACCUCAACGACGCCCUGGCCGCGGAGGGCCUCGGCGGGGCCGGCGCCGGCAUCAAGGUGUCCACGGCGGUGAGGCUGGACGUGAUCGCCAACUCCUUCCCGCCCUCCGCCGCCGUAUUCGCGCAGCCCUACAUGGCCGACGUGGCCCGGCUCCUGGCCGCCACCGGCGCGCCGCUGCUCGCCAAUGUGUACCCCUACAUCGCCUACCGCAGCAGCCCGCGCGACAUCCAGCUCAACUACGCCACCUUCCAGCCGGGCGCGACGCCGGUGAGGGAUGCCGGAAAUGGGCUGAUCUACACCAACCUCUUCGACGCCAUGGUCGACGCCCUGUACGCGGCGCUCGAGAAGGCAGGGGCGCCGGGCGUGAGGGUGGUGGUGUCGGAGACCGGGUGGCCCUCCGCCGGCGGGUUCGCGGCCACGCCGGAGAACGCGCGGGCAUACAACCAGGGCCUCAUCGACCAUGUGGCCCGCGGCACACCCAAGAGGCCUGGGCCCAUUGAGGCCUAUGUGUUCGCCAUGUUCAACGAGAACAUGAAGCCCGGGGAUGAGACGGAGAGGAACUUUGGGCUCUUCUACCCCAACAAAUUGCCCGUGUACCCCAUGAGAUUCGCAUGA